AAACCAGGAUUUAACCACAACUAACUCAGGUUAAACCAGGACUAAACCAGGGACUUCAUUAGGGCUGGAUCUGAAACUGGGUCUUAAGCUUGGGUGAAAUUAGACUAACUAAACCAGGACUAACUUAGAAGUAAACCAGGACUAACUUAGAAGUAAACCAGGACUAACCUAGAACUAAACAGGACUAAGCCGGAGUCCAGAAUGAGGGACAAAAAGACCCAGGUCCAGAACGGGUCUGAGGCGGUGACCUGGUCUGGAUCUGAUGAGCUCAUCUUCUUUGUCAACGGCAAAAAGGUAGUUGAGAAGAAUCCUGACCCUGAGAUGACCCUCUUGUUCUACCUGCGCAGGAAAUUGGGUCUGACUGGGACAAAACUGGGCUGUGCUGAGGGUGGAUGCGGUGCGUGCACUGUCAUGAUAUCACGCUUCAACCUGGACUCACAGCGCCCCCUCCAUCUCGCGGUGAAUGCAUGCCUGGCUCCUCUCUGUUCUCUGCACCUCGCUGCUGUCACCACUGUUGAAGGCAUCGGCUCUACGGCCCGAAAACUGCACCCAGUCCAGGAGCGUAUCUCUCACGCUCAUGGCUCGCAGUGUGGCUUCUGUACACCAGGCCUCGUCAUGUCCAUGUACGCUCUACUCCGGAACAACCCCACACCCCACAUGGAGCAGCUGCACCAGGCCUUUCAGGGAAAUUUGUGUCGCUGCACCGGGUACAGACCCAUUCUGGAGGGCUUUAAGACCUUUACUCUGGACGGAAGCUGUGGAGCGAUACAGAAUGGCUGUCAGACUAAAGACCUGGGUCUGGAUCAGGAUAAAGUCCAGAACGGCAGCUGCUGCAAAGGGAGAGCCGACAGCUGCUGCAUGAACCGGGACCAGGGUCUAGACCAGGACUUGGACCGGGACUCAGGUCUGACCUGGGCUCUGUUUGAUCCCUCUGAGUUCAUGCCCUUUGACCCCACACAGGAGGUCAUCUUCCCCCCGGAGCUCAUCUCCUUGACCCGGUCUGGAAAGUCCUGGUCUCUGGUCUUCAGGAGUCCUCGCUGCACCUGGUUCCAGCCAGUCUCUUUGGACCAGCUCCUGGAUCUGAAGUGGACCCACCCAGAGUCCAGGAUAGUGGUUGGGAACACAGAAGUGGGCAUUGAGGUGAAGUUUAAAAACAUGGUGUAUCCGGUGCUCAUUUCUCCGACUCAAGUCCCAGAGCUGAACUCAGUACAACACACGGAGACAGGUAUCGAGUUCGGUGCAGCGGUGACCUUGGACCGUGUGGAGGCGGUGCUACAGGAUGCUGUGAUAUCACUUCCUGCAUGCCAGACGGAGGUGUUUAGAGCCGUCCUGGAGCAGCUGCGAUGGUUUGCUGGGAAACAGAUCCGAAAUGUGGCCGCUCUUGGAGGAAACAUCAUGACAGCAAGUCCCAUUUCGGAUAUAAACCCAGUCCUGAUGUCUACAGGAGCAAAACUUACACUGAGGGACAGAGAGGGCGUCAGAGUGCUGCACAUGGACCAGGACUUCUUCACGGGUUACAGGCGGACUGCAGUGCGUCCAGCAGAGGUCCUCGUGAGUGCCGCCAUCAACUAUAGCCGACAGGGGCAGAUUGUUCGUUCGUACAAAACGUCUCGCCGUCGAGAGGAUGACAUCAGCAUUGUCACUGCCACGUUCAACGUGAUCUUUGAACCUGGGUCGAGCCGGGUUCAUGACCUCCGGCUUGCCUUCGGAGGAAUGGGUCCAACAACAGUCCUCACCCCGAAAACGAGCAAUGCACUCAGAGGGAGGUUGUGGGGGGAGGAGCUCUUGCAGAUCGCCUGCUCCUCAUUGGCUGAUGAGAUGACCCUUGACCCUUCGUGUCCAGGCGGGAUGGUGUCGUACAGAAGAACUCUAGUCUUGAGUUUGUUCUAUAAGUUCUAUCUGAGCGUUCUGCAAACCCUGGGAGAACAGGGUGUGGAGGAGGUAGAGCCAGUUCCUUCAGAGUAUCUCAGCGCCACAGAAGUCUUCCACCCCCCAGUGCCCUCUAGUGUGCAGGUCUAUCAGACUGUCCCGUCAGGGCAGGACAUGGAGGAUGUGGUUGGACGUCCUCUGAUGCACGUGAGCGCGGAACAGCAGGCAACAGGAGAGGCUCAGUACUGCGACGACCUGACACCAGCUGACAACGAGCUGUACCUCAGUCUGAUCUGCAGUACGAGAGCGCAUGCAAAAAUACUGUCUAUAGACUGUUCGGAGGCCCGCGCGAUGCCAUCUGUCGUCUGUGUUCUGUUUGCUGAGGAUGUUCCUGGAUCCAACGGGACUGGACCCGUGGUCUACGAUGAGACCGUGCUGGCCCAGGGAGAGGUGACGUGUGUGGGUCAUGUGAUUGGAGCUGUCGUCGCAGAGACUCAGGGCGAUGCACAAAGAGCUGCCAAGUCCGUCAAGAUCCAGUACCAAGACCUGCCUGCUGUCAUCACUAUACAGGAUGCAAUUGAGGCCCAGUCAUUCUACGAGCCAAUCAGAACCCUCCAAAAGGGAGACCUGGAGACAGGAUUUAACCAAUCCGACCACAUUUUGGAGGGUGAGCUUCACAUGGGUGGGCAGGAGCACUUUUACCUGGAGACCAAUGUGACUGUGGCUGUGCCCAGAGACCAGGAUGAGAUUGAGAUCUUCAGCUCCACACAGUCCCCAUCAAAGACCCAGUCCCUUGUGGCCAGGGCUCUGGGGAUCUCGUCCAAUCGGGUGCAUGUCCGAGUGAAGCGGAUGGGAGGAGGCUUCGGAGGGAAAGAGUCCAGAACCACUAUACUGUCCACCGUGGUUGCCCUCGCAGCCCACAGGCUGAAGCGUCCUGUGCGGUGCAUGUUGGACAGAGAUGAGGACAUGUUGGUGACCGGAGGACGACAUCCAUUUUACUCCAAAUACAAGGUCGGGUUCUCAGAGUCUGGGCAGGUUCUGGCUCUGGACGUGACAUACUACAGCAAUGCAGGGAACUCCAUGGACCUAUCAAUGUCGGUGAUGGACCGCGCUCUGAUGCAUCUGGAGAAUUCAUACCUUGUCCCAAACGUUCGCGGUCGUGGCAUCAUGUGUCAGACACACCUCCCGUCAAACACGGCAUUCAGAGGCUUUGGCGGACCACAAGGGAUGAUGGUCUGUGAGGACUGGAUCAGCGCCAUCGCUCUCAAGCUCGGGAGGACAUCUGAGCAGGUCCUGGUCCUUUUUUCUCAGGCUUCAGAACUGAUUUAG